GGAGGAGGCGGAGACAGAGAGGGCUGUACUUCAGUGCAGCCUGCCCUGCCCGACCUCCUCAGGAAGAAUCCUGGAGGAAAGGGCAUACGUUCCUUCAGUGCAAUUGAGCUUCUACCUGCCUGGCACUGAUCACAGCUCAGCUUCUUCAUUAUGGUGGUCCCCAAUGGCAAUGGAUCCAGUGCCACAUAUUUCAUUCUAAUAGGCCUCCCAGGCUUGGAAGAAGCUCAGUUCUGGUUGGCCUUCCCGUUGUGCUCCCUCUACCUUAUUGCUGUGCUAGGUAACUUGAUGAUCAUCUACAUUGUGCGGACCGAGCACAGCCUACAUGAACCCAUGUAUAUAUUUCUGUCUAUGCUUUCUGGCCUUGACAUCCUCAUCUCCACCUCAUCUAUGCCCAAAAUGAUGGCCAUCUUCUGGUUCAAUUCCACUACCAUCCAGUUUGAUGCUUGUAUGCUGCAGAUGUUUGCCAUCCACUCCUUAUCUGGCAUGGAGUCCACGGUACUGCUGGCCAUGGCCUUUGACCGCUAUGUUGCCAUCUGCCACCCACUACGCCAUGCCACUGUGCUAACAUUGCCUCGUGUUACCAAGAUUGGCAUGGCUGCUGUGGUACGGGGUGCUGCACUUAUGGCACCCCUUCCUGUCUUCAUCAAACAGCUGCCUUUCUGCCAUUCCAAUAUCCUUUCCCAUUCCUACUGCCUACACCAAGAUGUCAUGAAGCUGGCUUGUGCUGACAUCCAUGUCAAUAUCAUCUAUGGCCUCAUUGUCAUCAUCUCUGCCAUUGGCCUGGACUCACUUCUCAUCUCCUUGUCAUAUCUGCUUAUCCUCAAGACUGUGUUGGGCUUGACACGUGAAGCCCAGGCAAAGGCAUUUGGCACUUGUGUCUCUCAUGUGUGUGCUGUUUUCAUAUUCUAUGUACCAUUCAUUGGAUUGUCUAUGGUGCACCGCUUUGGCGAGCAGCAUGACUCCCUCCUGCUCGUCAUGAUGGGCAACACUUACCUGCUUGUUCCUCCUGUGCUCAACCCUAUCGUCUAUGGAGUGAAGACAAAGGAGAUCCGGCAGCGUAUCAUACGUCUUUUCCAUGUGACCACACACACUUCAGAUCCCUAGGUGUCAGUGAUCAAACUUCUUUUUCAUUCAAAGUUCUUCAAUUCAGAUAUUAAUAUCAGCAUUUUGGGAGAUAGUAUUUGGAAAAAAAUCUUCCA